AUGUCUUCUCCAUACACUACUCGCCAGGUCGGCGCAGCCAACACCUUGGACUACAAAGUCUACAUUGAGAAAGAUGGCAAGCCAGUGUCACCAUUCCACGACAUUCCAUUAUACGCCAACGAAGAGAAAACCAUUCUCAACAUGAUUGUUGAAGUCCCAAGAUGGACCAACGCCAAGUUGGAAAUCUCCAAGGACUUGAAGUUGAACCCCAUCAUUCAGGACACCAAAAAGGGCAAGUUGAGAUUUGUUAGAAACUGCUUCCCUCACCACGGUUACAUUCACAAUUAUGGUGCUUUCCCUCAGACUUGGGAAGACCCAAACGUGACCCACCCGGAAACCAAGGCCAGAGGUGACAAUGAUCCAUUGGAUGUUUGUGAAAUUGGCGAAAAAGUCGCCAGUGUCGGUGAAGUUAAGCAAGUCAAAGUUCUUGGAGUCAUGGCGUUGUUGGAUGAAGGUGAAACCGAUUGGAAAGUCAUUGUUAUUGACGUUAACGACCCCUUGGCUUCGAAAUUGAAUGACAUUGAAGAUGUCGAGCUGCAUUUGCCGGGUUUGUUGAGAGCCUCCAACGAAUGGUUUAGAAUUUACAAAAUCCCAGAUGGCAAGCCGGAAAAUCAAUUUGCCUUCAGUGGUGAAUGUAAGAAUAAGAAAUAUGCUCAAGAUGUCAUCAACGAGUGUGCCGAGGCUUGGACUGCUUUGAUCAAUGGCCAAAGUGUCGACUCCAAGGGCAUCGAUUUGGCCAACACCACUUUGUCAAAGACUCCUUCUUAUUUGGCUGACACUGCCGAUAUCCCUGAAGCUUCACCAUUGCCUGCUGCUCCAAUUGACAAGUCCAUCGACAAAUGGUUCUUCAUCUCUGGUGCUCACUAA